AUGGUGCCAAAGUCGCUGCAUGUUUUAGCGUCGCAAGACUCGGGAAUCGCGUCCAAUUGCUUGGUUGAGAAUGGCUUUCAGAAGUUCGCCGCUCCCCAUAUGGAAUACACACGACUAGGCAUACACACCACACAUAGCAAAAGAGAUGAGUGUACUAUGGCUGCGAAAGUUGACAUGUAUCAAGAUAAGAUCCCACGUGAGGUCGAUAACGGCGACGAGGCAUAUCCCAUGUGCGUGGUGAGUCUGCAAUUACCUGUCAAGCAGAGGAUCUUGCAUGGCCAUGCCGCGCAUUAG